GCCGCCUCUGGAGCUGACUCGGGUAGCCCCGGCUCCUGGCUCCCCUCGCUGUCCCCGGUCGCCUUCACUGAGGAUGAGUCCCCGCGCGGCCACGCGCCUUUCCCGCGGAGACCGCCGGCGCACCUUCAUCUAGCGACUGGUCACCCUCGCAAUUAUGGAUAUUUGAAAGGCUCAGACAGUGUGGAGGGGGAGUUCCCCUCCUCACUCCCCCUUGGUGCUUGACUACAGGAAUAAUUUAUAAACUGGGAUUAUUUUUUAAAUGAAGAACUUGUAUUUGAUAUGAACUUUCUAGAACUGUUUAUAAAUUUUUGAUUUAAGUGCCAAAAGAUUAUACAAAGAUAUAUAGUUUUAUAUAAUUGUUGUGACUGUUUAAAUUAUAACACCCAAAGGGUCAUCUCUUCUCGAUAAUUCUUCCUGAAUGAUAUGCUUGUGUCCUGACUUUUCAUUUAAAAAAUUUACUUCAGUGACUGUUCUGAAGGAAUAAGCAAUAUAAAAGCAGUUAGGAUGGAUUCUGCCACUCCUGACUGCACGGCAAAAUGCAGAUCCUUGAGGCAUGCUCUGGAUGUCCUUUCUGUGGUGACAAAGGGGAGUGAGAAUCAGAUCAAGAACUUCCUCUCCAGUCACUGUCACAAUGCUGCAACUGUCAAGGAUGCCUUUGGCAGGAACGCCCUCCACCUGGUUUCUUCCUGUGGGAAGAAAGGAGUAUUAGAUUGGCUUAUUGAGAAAGGAGUAGAUUUGCUGGUGAAAGACAAGGAGUCAGGCUGGACAGCACUGCACAGGAGCAUUUUUUAUGGACAUAUUGAUUGUGUUUGGUCUCUGUUGAAGCAUGGUGUUAGCUUGCAUAUGCAAGACAGAGAAGGGUUGUCACCUUUGGAUCUCCUCAUGAAGGACAGGCCAACUCACGUUGUGUUUAAGAAUACUGAUCCCACUGAAGUCUAUACUUGGGGAGAUAAUACAAACUUCACUUUGGGUCAUGGAAGCCAGAAUAGCAAACAUCAUCCGGAGCUGCUGGACCUCUUCUCCAGGAGCGGGGUUUAUGUCAAGCAGGUGGUGCUUUGCAAAUUUCAUUCAGUGUUUCUGUCCCAGAAAGGGCAAGUUUACACUUGUGGGCAUGGUCGUGGAGGACGCUUAGGCCAUGGAGAUGAACAGACUUGCUUGGUUCCCAGGCUUGUGGAAGGACUGACUGGUCACAAUUGUUCCCAAGUUGCAGCUGCUAAGGAUCACACUGUUGUAUUAACUGAAGAUGGAUGUGUUUAUACAUUUGGUCUCAACAUGUUCCACCAAUUAGGAAUUAUUCCUCCACCUUCUAGUUGUAAUGUGCCCAGACAGAUACAGGCAAAACACCUGAAAGGAAGGCCCAUCGUUGGAGUAGCAGCAGGCAGGUUCCACACGGCGCUGUGGACCCGAGAGGCCGUUUACACACUGGGACUGAAUGGCGGACAACUGGGCCACUUACUGGAUCCCAAUGGAGAAAAGUAUGUCACUACUCCUCGCCAAGUCUCUGCCCUUCAUCAUAAGGAUAUCGCUGUGUCUUUGGUGGCUGCAAGUGAUGGCGCCACAGUCUGUGUCACCACAAGAGGAGAUAUUUACUUACUUGCAGACUAUCAGUGCAAGAAGAUGGCAACUAAACAACUAAACUUGAAAAAGGUUCUUGUGUCUGGAGGUUGUAUGGAAUACAAGGUUGAUCCUGAACAUUUGACAGAAAAUGGGGGUCAGAAAAUAUGCAUCCUUGCCUUGGAUGGAGCUGGAAGGGUAUUCUGCUGGAGAUCACUCAGCAGUUCUCUGAAGCAGUGCCGAUGGGCCUAUUCACGCCAGGUGUCAGUCUCUGAUAUUGCUUUAAAUAGAAAUGAAAUUCUGUUUGUCACACAGGAUGGGGAAGGAUUUAAAGGGAAAUGGUUUGAAGACAAAAGAAAGAAUUCUGAAAAGAAAGCAGACAUUUUACCAAACCUACAUCAUUCCUCAUCAGAUGUGUCUUGUGUCUCUGAUACAAAUAGUGUGUAUGAAAGAAUUCGACUUGAGAAACUUCCUUUUGCCCAUAGAGCUGUUAGUGUCAGCACAGAUGCAAGUGGGUGCAACUUUGCAAUCCUACAGUCAGACCCUAAAACAAGCCUUUAUGAAAUUCCAGUUGUGUCUUCAUCAUCCUUUUUUGAAGAAUUUGGCAAGCUCCUGAGGGAAACAGAUGAAAUGGACAGCAUCCACGACGUGACCUUUCAAGUUGGCAACAGACUCUUUGCUGCACAUAAAUAUGUCUUGGCAGUGCGUUCUGACUUCUUCCAGAAAUUGUUUCUUUCAGAUGGCACUUCUUCAGAACCAACGGAUGUUUACCGCAAAGAUGAAGAUGGUGCAGGGUGCCAUCUUUUUGUGGUGGAGAAGGUUCAUCCUGACUUGUUCGAAUACCUCUUACAGUUCAUGUAUACAGAUACUUGUGACUUCCUAACUCAUGGCUUCAAACCAAGAAUGAUCGUGAACAAAAAGUCAGAAGACUGUAAGGGCUCCCCAGAUUCUCACCUGCAUACAAUAAAUUGCCAUGAGGACGAUAAACGGAAGUCAGCAUUUGAGGUUUACAGAAGCAACCAAGCUCACACAGUUAGUGAAAGGCAGAAAAGCAAACACAAAUCUUCCAAAAAGGGAAAAGGUGUUGGGGAAGAUGACCCUGUAAGGAUGCUGCAAAGUGUUGCAAAGAAAUUUGGCCUCAGCAAUUUGAGUAGCAGGUUAGAUGGAGUCAGAUUUGAAAAUGAAAAAAUUAAUGUUAUUGCGAAGAAAACUGGUAAUAAACUGAAGCUAAGUCAGAAAAAAUGUUCAUUUCUCUGUGAUGUUACCAUGAAGUCUGUGGAUGGAAAGGAAUUCCCCUGUCAUAAGUGUGUGCUCUGUGCAAGACUUGAGUAUUUCCACAGCAUGUUGAGCAGCUCAUGGAUUGAGGCCUCCAGUUGUGCAGCUCUGGAAAUGCCAAUACAGUCUGAGAUUCUGAAAGUUAUUUUGGACUACCUCUAUACUGACGAAGCUGUGGUGAUAAAAGAGUCUCAAAAUGUGGAUUUUAUUUGUAGUGUUCUUGUAGUGGCUGAUCAGCUUCUCAUAACUAGGUUAAAGGAGAUUUGUGAAGUAGCAUUGACUGAAAAACUUACCCUUAAGAAUGCUGCUAUGUUGCUGGAGUUUGCAGCAAUGUACAAUGCUGAGCAGUUGAAGCUGUCUUGUUUACAGUUCACAGGACUGAAUAUGGCAGCCUUACUUGAAGCAAGGUCUCUUGAUGUUUUAAGUGAAGAUGUUUUGAAGGAUCUUUCCAUAUUUUACCGAAAAAUGAUUCCAGCAAUGGAGAGAAGAGUCAUUACACCAUAUCAAGAUGGACCAGAUAUUAGCUAUAUGCAAGUUGAGGAUGGAGAUGUUUUUUUCAAAGAAGAAAUAAGUAUGGAACCAAAUUACUCGGAAACUAUGUUCAAGAAGGCGAAAACAAGGGCUAAAAAGAAGCCACGGAAACGCUCAGACAGUGCAGGAGGCUACAACCUUUCAGAUGUUAUUCAGAGUCCACCGUCUGCGGGAUUGUUAAAGUCUGACAAGACCAAUUCUGUAGAGUCUCUUCCAGAAUAUUUAACCUCAGACUCUGAAGGAAGCUAUGCAGGAGUGGGUAGUCCCAGAGACUUGCAGUCGCCUGAUUUGACAGCAGGAUUCCAUUCGGAUAAGGUUGAGGGAAGAUCUAAGCUGUAUGUGAACGGAACUCCUCCUACUCCUACGUGUACUAGGGAAGAGUUAAAACAAUGGGAAAGAUCACCGACAACUAAGUCUGCUCCCCAGUUCAUCCCCACUAACAGAGUGGACCCUGCAGGCGCUUCCAGUUGGGCUGCUGGCUCUUGCAGUCCUGUGAGUCCUCCUGUUGUGGAUCUCAGAACCAUCAUGGAAAAAGAAGAAAGCAAACAAAAAAAUGGCGCAGCACCAAAGACAAACUUAGGAAAAAUUAUUUCUCAUGGAAUCAAACUUUCUCAGAAGCAACGGAAAAUGAUUGCAUUGAGCACCAAAGAAAACAAUUCAGGAACAAACAGCAUGGAACCAAUUCUAACAGCUCCUUCAAAGUCCCCCAAGCCAGUGAAUGCAUGGGCAUCUCUAAAUUCACCUUCAUCCAAGUCAUUCCGGGAUUUUUUACUAGAAGAAAAAAAACCUGUUACUGGUCAUGGUUCAGGAGAUCAUGUCAAAAAAGUUUGUUUUAAAGGAGUUGAAAACUCUCAGGCCCUAAAUGUCAUGAGAUGCUCAACUCAUGGAACUCCAGUACUAGAAAGCAAUCAUGUGUCUGAUUUCCCACUUCUAGACAGUCCCAACCCCUGGCUAUCUUCCUCACUUGCCACUUCUGCAGUCGCUCCAGUCACAUUUGCAUCUAUCGUAGAAGAAGAGCGGCAACAAGAAGCUGCCCUCAUCAGAAGUCGGGAGAAACCCUUGGCUCUCAUUCAGGUUGAGGAACAUGCAAUACAAGAUUUGCUGGUUUUCUACGAGGCAUCUGGCAACCCUGAUGAGUUUGUUGUGGUUGAAAGGACACCACAGGGGCCUCUGGCAGUGCCUAUGUGGAACAAGCAUGGAUGCUAGCUCACUGGAGAGAGUAUGCUGCUCCCAGGCCGUGAUUGCCACACCCACAUGAAGAAAACCCAUGCGCAAGCAUUCUUACAGAUUUGGUAGCACAGUGUAGUAGUCAGAGCAGGAAUGGAUAUGAUUUCUUCCCGUAGUUUAUAAUGUUUGUAUAACUAAAGAGAAAUUUAUCAAAAUUGUGAUUUUAGUAACUUUUAUGUGAAAAUGUGUCAGGAAAAAUGUUAAGCUAAGGUUAGUAGGAUUGUUUCUUCUAAAUUACCUUAUAAAUGAAAAUAUGGGUGAAGUGUGAGGUUUAGGAAUAAUUCAUUAAAAAUAAUUUUUUCACUUGAGAAUGUGGAGUAGUUGAGAAGAGCUUAAUUUUAAAAUAAGAUGAGCUUAAGGCACCAUUGCUUCUGAUUCACUAAUGGCCAGCAUGUUCUUUUUGCCGCAGCAGAUGUGUUUGAACUGUUGUUUUUUCACUGGGCUGUUCAUUUCUUAGGCCUCUUUGCAGUGGGACCUGAUGAAGUUCUAUGUGUUUCCUAACUCUUCAGGACAGUUUAGUCAACACCCAUGGCUUCUGUGGGAGAUUUGGAUUCAUGUUGUUUUGUUGGUGUAAGAAGAUAGCAAGAGAGGACAUAUGAAUACCUAAUUGUGAAAGAAUCAGUUCCUUAAAGAGUUAAAACUUUCUAAAACAAGCAUAGGAUUACCAAAUAGUUCGACAGAGUGGUUAUGUAUAGUCACUGUUUAGUGUCAGAAGUUCUUUGGGCCUGGAGUAUGUGUGUACAUGUGAAUUUUGAUUUUUAUAGUAUGCUGUUUGGUUUGGUUUUCAGUGUUUAAAAUUAAAAAGAAAAAAAAAUGUUAAAAUGUGUGCUUUGGUAUGUAGACAGAAUGAGAAAGGUAAUGCUUAACUUCCUGGAAAGAAUCCCUGGGGAGAUAUAGGCAGUUCACCACUUGACUUGAGUUGAUGGGAAAUUGGCUGAAACUAAGUCAGUGUUUCAGUUCAGUUCCACCCACAAGCAGCAGACAUGUACACAGAUGUGCAAUAAAAAAUAAUCUUGAGCCAAUCACUA